AGCAGCAGGAGCCAGGCAACAUGGCCGACCUGGGGAAGAAGUACUGCGUCUACUGCCUUACGGACGUCACGAACCUGCGGCUUCGCUGCACCGACUGCCCCGAUAUCGAGCUGUGUCCGGAGUGCUUCUCGGCGGGCGCGGAGAUCGGUAAUCACCGGAGAUGGCACGGCUACCAGCAGGUCGACGGCGGUCGGUUCACUCUCUGGGGUCCCGACGCAGAGGGAGGAUGGACCAGCAGGGAAGAGCAGUCGCUGCUCGAUGCUAUCGAGCAAUAUGGAUUUGGAAACUGGGAGGACAUGGCCGCUCACGUUGGAGCGUCCCGAACUCCCCAGGAAGUCAUGGAACACUACGUCACCAUGUACAUCCACGGGAACCUGGGCAAGGCCUGCAUCCCCGACAACAUCCCCAACCGGGUGACGGACCACACCUGCCCGAGCGGGGGCCCCCUGUCGCCGAGCCUCACCACGCCGCUGCCCCCGCUGGACAUCAGCCUGGCGGAGCAGCAGCAGCUGGGCUACAUGCCCCUGCGGGACGACUACGAGAUCGAAUACGACCAGGACGCCGAGAAGCUCAUCAGCGGGCUGUCGGUGAACUACGACGACGAGGACGUCGAAAUCGAAAUGAAGCGCGCCCACGUGGACAUGUAUGUGCGCAAGCUCCGAGAGCGCCAGCGGCGCAAGAACGUGGCCCGAGACUACAACCUGGUGCCCACGUUCCUGGGCCGAGACAAGAAGGACAAGGAGAAGGAGAAGCCGGGAGCGCUGGGAGUCACAGGCGCUGGCGGUGGCGCGGGUGGAGCAGCAGCAGCAGCCGGCGGCGGCGGCACUGCUGGAUCGGGUUCUACGACGGCAGCGGGAUCAGGUCCUGUUCCCGCCACGCCCAAAAGAAAGAUCACCAAGGAGGAGAAGGAGCAGCGGGUCAGACUGCGGGGGCUCUGCCAGUUCAUGGCCACCCGGGAGUUUGAAGACUUGUUUGAGAACAUGCACAAAGAGCGCGCGCUCCGGGCCAAGGUGCGUGAGCUGCAGCGCUACCGCCGCAACGGCAUCGCGCGCCUGGAGGAGUCCGCCGAAUACGAGGCAGCGCGCCACAAGCGGGAGAAACGCAAGGAGAACAAAAGCGUGGUCACCUCCAAACGGGGCAGCGGAGGAGGAGGAGGAGGCGGGCUCGGCUCAGGGAUGGGGCUCGGGGUCGGAGGCGGGGGCGGGGGCGGGGGGGGAGGAGGAGGAGGCGUUGCCGGAGGACUCGGGGCUGGCGGCGGGAUCAAAGAGGAGGGGAAGGACGGCGAGUUCGCCGCCAUCGAGAACCUGGCGGGCUUCGAGCUGCUGUCGGACCGGGAGAAGGUGCUGUGCAACUCGCUGAACCUGAGCCCGGCGCGCUACCUGACCGUCAAGACCAUCAUCAUCAAAGACCACCUGCAGAAGAGGCAAGGCAUCCCGGCCAAGAGCCGGCUGCCCAGCUACCUGGACAAGGUGCUCAAGAAGCGCAUUCUCACCUUCCUCACGGAAAGCGGCUGGAUAUCCCGGGACGCCUCUUAGCCGUCCCGUCUAGGAAGUCAGAAGUCGAUGAUUGCUGAUAGCUGAUAGCUGAUUUGCCAUGCGCUCCGUAGGCAGGACAAAACUACUGGCUGUUUUUUUUAUUUUAUUUUUCUCAAAAGUGAUCUUGUGAAUAUGUACAUUGCAAAGGAAGAGCUCCUUUUCCCCACUGGAAAAAAAAAUUAGUAUAUUUUCAUACCAGGGCUAGGAACAAAAAUAAGCCUUUAUUUUUACAAUCGGAAAGGGACUAGUGGGUUCAAAGUACUUUGUGUCCAUUUUGUUACUACAGUACAUGACUGAGAACUACAGUGCUAACAAGUUCUACAUAGUGGCAGAGAUUUUUUCAGGUGCACUGACGAUUUAAAAUCCAAACAUUGACGGGGCAGAUUCAUGCUGAAAAGAAUAGGGGGGGGAAUAAGAUCGUACCAUUACCUGGAACUGAUGGGUGGCCGAAAUGGUCACUUUUGUUGUUGUUGUUGUUGUAGAUGUUUUUUUGGGAUCUCUCAAACUCGCCCUACUUUGGUCCACUUUGUUAGCUGCUUCAUCAGGUAAAGCUGGACUUUAUAGAAAGAGCUAUAGCUGAUUUGGAUUUUCGAUCAUUUUAAGGCCUUCCUGAUUUUUUUUGUUCCUUCGUACUGCCGAAAAAGAGAAGGGAAAAAGACAAAGCAGCAGGGUUGGGCCAUCUUAUGUUAGCUUAUCACUGACGUAUCAGCACUGGCACAUAUGUCAGCCAAUAAGCAACAAGACAUAUAAGUAAAGAAAUGCCAAAGAAUAUUACAAUAUAAUUUAGAGACAGUGUCGUCGUUACACGGUCUGUCCACCAGAGGGUGCUGCUGUUCAGCUGUAAAACCUCCCGCGUGCUACAUGUCUCGGUCACAAUUCUUAUCAUAGGAUCCUUAUCAUAAAUAUUCAUUUGUGUUUAUGGUAUAAAAAAAAUAUCUGUAUUUAAAGCCGCUGAAUUAUAUCUUCUGACAUAUUCCUGCUGAAUGAGCAACAAUCCAGGUGAAAAGACAUCUUUUAGGUAUUAUUUAUUUUGUUAUUUUUAACACCCAGCUAAUCUGCUCCAUCAGGACUGUUGGUCACUUUGAUCAGAUGUGAUCCCCAGUAACCAUUACUAACCCAUUACUCAUCAAAAAGCUGACUGAGAGAAGAACUUUUUGUGGCGUUUGAAUAUCUACAUAUGCAUUGGUUUAAAAAAAAUCCUUUAUCGGUCUGGCUCGUAUUAAUAUUUUAAUCACCUUAUUGUUUGUCACCUUAAAUUAGUAUGGGGGGAGAAACUCUCCGUUAUUUCUUCAGUCUCUGUCGUUUCACGGCAGCAGCUCUGAAAUCACAGAGAAGAAAGGCACGUGAAGGGGUCUUACCUAAGCUGAACUAUAUGCUAGAUUCCGAUCUUUUUACUGCAACCGUAACUGUUGGGAAAUUGGCCUUCUUUUUUUGGGGGUGGAAUGCAAGACACGAGUAGCAUUCGUUCGGUAGCGGUCAUUGCCUUAAAACUACAACUUUGUUUUGAUGACCACAUUUUUUGUGGUCAUCCAAAAAAAGGAAUGGCCUCCCCUUCAUUGUAUAUCUUGAGAAUUUAAAGCAGAACUCUGGUCAUAUUUCAAAUGUUUCUUAUUGUCAACAAAUGUCAACUUGUGUAGGUAUAUUUAUUUGAAAAGAUCUCCAUACGUCCACACAGAGCUCUCUCUGGAGCGUGCAGGACGCAGGACGCCGACUGCGAUCACGUUAUCUCGUUUGUGAUCUGGUUACGAACGACCCGAGUCUCGUACCGUUCCUUAAAAAUUGUCCGAUUUCGGCGUCAGUCCUUACCAACGUAAGUUCCCAGAUCUCCUCUCCUCUCCAGGUUAGACAUUUUGGUUGGCGCCGUUUUCUGCGUCCCCCUUGACGCUGUACUGCAGGGAUGUCAAACUCAACUUCCCUAAGGGCCACACUAGAAAAUGAGAAUCCCAUCAAGGGCCAGACAGAGUAUACUGCUUUUGUGUCAUGGGAAAAGUCAAAUAUCUUUGACUGAAUUAUUGCAUGUCUCAUAUAUGUCGAAGAAAAUGCCAAAAACGGUUGGAAAAAGCGUCAAAAAAACGUUGUGAAAAAAAGUAGGUGGGCCAAAAUGUAGAUAGCGGCCGGAUCAUAAUUAACAAGGGGCCAGAUUUGGCCCGCGGGCCUUGAGUUUGACUCGUGUGCUGUACUGGGACAGCGCCGGCCGCGUGAUUUAGAAACGUUCUCAACGCGUUCGGCUGGGUCAAAUAUAU